UUUUACGAGUGCUAUAAUUUAUAGUAUGUUUUAGUAAAGUAUAAUGUAUGCAUUUUGUUUUGUAUACAAUUUCAUUCGCUGAUUUAUGUGGCAACCUCAAUACUAUUUUAAUUGCAACUAGCUCAUAAGUUUUUAUAAUCCCAUAAUUUGAAUUGUGCUUAUAAAAAUGUUUGUUUUCUACAGAAAUCAAACAGUUUAAAUAAUGGUAUGCCUGAUACUAUAUAGAAAUACUACUGACUAACAGCACCACGAUUUCUGUUGUGUACCAGGCUACGUUUUAGUGUUACAUUUUUUUAAUUCGGCUUAACACAUAUUUCGUGAACCUACAGUUUUAUUUUAGACUGGAGAUAAAAAUAGUAAAAAAAAACAAAUACAAAUCUUGCAACAACUCUAUUUGAUAACACAUAUAAAAUAACACGUUGCACACGCGCGCUAGUGUGUGAACCAUAAACAGAGGAGUUGCAACGGUUAAAAAGUGAUAGCUUUAUUUAAAUAAACUCAACUUGAAUAUUAUUUGGUCAUGCGAGAAAUGGAAACUCCUGAUUUGAAUCGUAGUGAUAGUACGCGCAAAAGCUUUCGUUUGCCAACGCAUCGUAAGGGCAUGGCACCAGCACCACCGACCAUUACAAAAGUCGAUUUAAAUAUCGAUGACAAUAGUGAUGCAGUUGUCGGAGGAAUUGAUACACAACAAUCAAUUACCAACGCUGAUGCUGUGGACGAAUUGUAUUUAGUACAGGGCUCGAACACGCAACGCUCCUCCAACGAAAAUAAUAAUAUGAAAAAUAUUGUGGAUAAUUCGGAAAUCAUACCACGACUCAAUCGUAUGACCUUAGCCAGAGAAACGGAUAUUAUUAUAGAUGAAGAUAUGGUGCGACUGCGCAAUAGAAUACCAACAACACGCAAUGCCGCCUCAUCGAUAACACCAUACACAACAUCAGCAAUGGAUAAAAAAUUGACCAAGGAGCCCACUUUGGUGCUCACAGCUGAAGAUGAUGUGAAUGUGUCGUUUGCGCUCGGCUCCAUUGAGAAGCAUAUUUUCGAAAUGGAAGAAAGCUUCAAGAAAAUGGAAAAUGUCAGACAACCAAGCAUUGAUGAAUUGAAAUUGGAUCGCAAGAAGCAAAGUAAACGCUAUGGCGAAACGGAGAAUUUACUACAGCCCGGCAAUAGUGAAAUGGCCUCGGGUACCGGUUUCAGUUAUCUAACGCCACCCUCCGAUUUGGAGAAUUCGAGCGAUUCAAUCACCGAUUUUCAACGAGGCACUGGCGCACGCAGCUCUGUCGGCGCAUACUCCAAAGUCGCUACAGCACCGUAUAAAACGAAGAUUACGCGCACUUCUUCCGACAGCAAGAAUACCGAAACAAUGGCAACGCGUGAUAUUAUCAAACAGAAGAAGAUUGUGGCCAAUAAAGAGUUACCAACGCCAUCACAAGCACAUGCUAGAGACGCUAUGCGUUAUGGUACUGAGUCGAAACGUAUUAUCCCCAGUAUGAAUACCCCAAAUACCAAGGCGAACAGCGCCACCACUCCGACUAGUGGCGCUGGUGGUAAAACGAUCUCGCAAACAGAUGGUGCUAUAAUCGAUAAACAUCGUGAAGAGAAUUUGAAAAAGUUUGAAUCGAUGAUUAAUCAACGAGCGGCUGCUAGUAAAACUGCAGCUGCUAAGCAUGCGCAAACGGCACGUAUGCCGGUCGUGCCCGGCGAACGUAUGUCAAGACCUACUAAUACCAUUACAACACCACCCAAAGUGGCAGCAAUGUCACAUAUGCCAUCGGCAACGGGCGAAAGGACCGCAACGACAACUGCAACAAAUGCUGUGCACACUGUUUACAAUAAUCGACAUGUUGGCAAUGUAAUGCACAACAAUCAGGGCUCUCCUAAUAUGCAGCUGCGCACCAGCGCWCCAAUGCGUUGGCGUGCCACGGAGGAACAUAUUGGAAAGUAUAAGCUUAUAAAAACAAUCGGUAAAGGCAAUUUCGCUAAAGUAAAAUUAGCUAAGCACUUGCCAACUGGCAAAGAAGUGGCUAUCAAGAUUAUUGACAAAACCCAAUUGAAUCCGGGAUCUCUACAGAAACUCUUUAGAGAAGUUAGAAUUAUGAAGAUGCUCGACCAUCCAAACAUCGUGAAGCUUUUCCAAGUUAUCGAAACCGAAAAGACAUUAUAUCUGGUUAUGGAGUAUGCGUCCGGCGGUGAAGUAUUCGAUUAUCUUGUCUUGCAUGGUCGAAUGAAGGAGAAGGAAGCGCGUGUAAAAUUCAGGCAAAUCGUGUCGGCUGUACAGUAUUGUCAUCAAAAGAGAAUUAUACACAGGGAUUUGAAAGCGGAGAAUCUGUUGUUAGACAGCGAAUUGAAUAUAAAGAUAGCAGAUUUUGGUUUUUCAAAUGAGUUCACGCCCGGCUCUAAAUUGGAUACAUUUUGUGGCAGUCCACCAUAUGCUGCACCUGAAUUAUUUCAGGGAAAGAAAUAUGAUGGUCCUGAGGUGGACGUUUGGUCUUUGGGCGUAAUUUUAUACACAUUAGUUAGUGGUUCAUUGCCAUUUGAUGGUUCCACAUUAAGAGAACUACGCGAACGUGUACUCAGAGGCAAAUAUAGGAUUCCUUUCUAUAUGUCAACUGACUGUGAAAAUUUACUUCGUAAAUUCCUUGUAUUGAAUCCAGCCAAACGCGCCAGUCUGGAAACUAUAAUGAGUGAUAAAUGGAUGAAUAUGGGGUUUGAAGAUGACGAAUUAAAACCCUAUAUCGAACCAAAACAAGAUCUAGCUGAUCCCAAACGGAUAGGUAAGACGGAGGCUCUAGUGGCAAUGGGUUAUAACAGACAGGAUAUUGAAGUUUCACUCUCCCAGGUGCGAUACGAUGAUGUCUUCGCUACUUAUCUCUUAUUGGGCAGAAAAAGCACAGAUCCUGAAAGUGAUGGUUCACGUUCUGGUUCGUCACUAUCGUUGCGUAAUAUGGGUGGAAAUGAUGCGGGCGCUAAUACGAAUGCGUCCGCACAGAGUCCCACACAUCGUGGUGUACACCGGAGUAUUUCCGCUUCAAAUACGAAACCAAGUCGACGUGCUUCAUCUGGCGCUGAAACACUACAAAUCUUUCAACGUUUUAUCGCAGGUGUUGGCCCAACUAAUGCGGCAACAAAUGCUGKAGCUACAGCUGCUCCUGGUGCUAUAAAUGCGGCGCCGUCCAACAACAAUUACGGCGGUACAGGUUCUGGUUCAUCCGCUGAGCGCUCUUCAAUUAGUAGCAACUUUAAACGCCAAAACACAAUUGAUUCGGCCACAAUAAAGGAAAAUACUGCGCGGCUGGCAGUACAAAAUCACAGACCCACGUCAGCUACUCAAAAGCUUUUAACAACCGCGGAUACAACACUCAACAGCCCCGCGAAGCCGCGCACUUCAACAAAAUACGACACAUCAAAUACUAAUCGCACUACCGUUGGCACAAGCGGUAUGAUACCACGUCGUUCCACCACUUUAUAUGAAAAGACUUCAUCAACUGAAAAAACGAAUGCAUUGCCAGCGGAAACAAAUGGAUCUGCCAACUCUACAGGAAAAGGCCAUGUUAAAAGCGCCUCUGUCUCCAGCCCUGGCUCGACCGCUGAGGGAGGAGUCGCUGUUUCCAAUGAAACACUCGGAACGAGAAUGACGUCGGCUGUUAAGUCUAGCAGGCAUUUCCCCAGGAAUGUGCCAUUACGAUCAACCUUUCAUUCUGGUCAAACAAGGACUAGAAACAAUGCUGCAAUGGAGUACUCCGGAACGAGUGGUGCCUCGGGCGACUCACCACAUCCAGGAAGAAUGAGUUUUUUCUCGAAACUGUCAUCCCGAUUCAGUAAACGCGCUUCAACAACUGAAGAAUCAGCGAAGCCGCGCGUUUUGCGCUUUACAUGGUCAAUGAAAACCACGUCGCCACUUAUGCCCGACCAAAUAAUGCAGAAAAUACGAGAAGUGCUCGAUCAAAACAACUGUGACUACGAACAACGGGAAAGGUUUGUGCUUUGGUGCGUACAUGGCGAUCCCAAUACCGAUUCAUUGGUACAGUGGGAAAUUGAAGUAUGCAAAUUGCCACGACUCUCGCUCAAUGGUGUGCGUUUCAAGCGCAUUUCAGGCACCAGCAUAGGAUUUAAAAAUAUUGCAUCACGCAUAGCAUUUGACUUACGACUGUGACUCCACCAAACCAACACCGACGCGGCUGCCUUUGGUUCUGAUACUACAGCAACUACCACCACACCUACACGCUGUCAUCAACACACCACAACAUCGACCAAUAAUCAUAAAACAAAUAUGAAAACAUUUAAUCUGGCCAUCACCAGCAACAUCAUAAAUGAAACGCUUACAAAAAAUAAAGCAAAACCCGAAUGUAGCAAAAAUUGUGCAAAUAGCAUUUUUGGCAAAAAGAAAUACAAUUAUUUGGAUGAUAAUAAAAAACCAACGGUAACACUAUCGUCAACUUCACCAACUACUUCAAAUACACAAUGCGGUUGUUUGGCAUUCGAAUCCCUAGAAAAUAAGACGCAGACGAUAAGUAAAACGAAUCGGCGAAAUUCGCCAACAAAGACACCAACAAAAAUUGGCAAAGGCAAAAAAUCAAUAACGACCGAAAAUAUUGUUGGUUUGGCAAUGGCAAAAUGUUCGAUAGAAACGUUGGAKAACUCGAUCUCGCUUAAAUCUGACAUUGACACGAAUGCACAAGAAUCAUCACAAUCACCGACUACAACAAAACCCGAAAAGUCUAUUACCAAAGGUAGCCACUUGAUGAAGAAAACAUUGGUAGUGGAAAAAUUGCGUAGUACCAAUAGUGUAAUUACACGAAAAUUGUUUUCCACCAAGCGUGCGAUUACACCAAAUAGUAAUAGCACUGACAAAACUAAAGAAACGCAGAAAAAACCGGAUUCAACGGAUUUGGAAGAUGAUGAUGACACAAAUACCAAUACAACUACAACAACUGCUACUGAAAAAGAUAAAGUUAAAGAGGAAAGUCAAAGCAUGAUCACCUCACUGCUGCGUACAACAACGCUUUAAAUUGUUUGUUGAAUAUCAUAUGCUUCAAAUUUCGUCUUUAAUACUUCUGAAAUCUCUUAAAAAAUAAUAAUAAUGUAUUUAUAUUAAAACAUAGCCCCAAUAAUAUAACCCUGUUUUUAUAUAUGCCCUUUUCAUGUUCAAUAAUUGUUAUGAUGCAUACCCAACAAUACAUACAUACAAUAUACUAUACAAAACAUGUAGCUUAUGUUAUACAAAAUUUUUGUGUUAAAACAUUAAAAACAUGUGAAAACCAGAACAAAACUAAAAAAAAAAAACUAAGCAAAUGUGCAGCGCCACUUUUUCGUUGAUUAUACAUAUGUACGUUGAUAAUGCUUACACCAAUCAACUUUGCUGAGAGACGAUUUUAAAGGCAUAUUUGCGCGUAAAAUACGUGAAUGCGUUUCAAAUUGCAAUUGUACAACUCAGUUGAUACGUUUUCGCCAAACAUAAUCAAAAUAUCCCAUCGAAACCCUUUCACACCAAAGUUGAAAAGAAAUUAUAAAAUAUUCCUCUAUUUGUUUUGUUUUCUAUUUCUAUGUUAACCGUUGUCUAUACGUUUCGCAAACUUUUAUACAAAUAUCUGUAAUCGCUACAAAGUUUAUCGUAAGUUUUAAAUUAAAAAAUGGCAAUCAUUUCUUUACGCAUGUAAAGUCAAUAGCUUUUUAAACAAACAUAUAUAAUAAAAAAAAAUUACAAUAAUUUAACGUUUCAACAUUUAACUACAAAUUCAUUACUAUUGAUCGAGAACAUUGGCUCAUAAUCAUAAACAGAAUAUAAUCGAUUCAAGUUUUGCUAUUAAACAA